CAAUUCGAAUGGGCCUCAAAUUCUUUUACAUAUCGAAUGAAAGCCGACGUGUAGGGUAUUGUAUAUUGUUUAUAUAUCAUUUUUGUUGUUAACAUCUGUCGUAAUAAGAAUAAAAUCAUAAUUUUAAGUAAAGCAAUUUUAUAAAAGUUCAUAUAAAGACAUAAAUUUUCGAGUGCUUAACUAUCUAUCGGAUACGAAAUGUUGAAUCCGUUAAAGAAACGUUUCCCAUCAUUGCAAAGUUUGGGUGGUGAUGGAAACACAUCAUUUUUACGAGCUGCCCGAGCUGGUAACCUCGACAGAGUUCUGGAGCAUCUAAAAAAUAAUAUUGAUAUAAAUACUAGCAAUGCAAAUGGUUUGAAUGCCUUGCAUUUAGCUUCUAAAGAUGGGCACGUCCAUGUCGUAUCUGAGCUGUUGCGACGAGGUGCAAUAGUAGAUAGUGCCACCAAAAAAGGCAACACAGCAUUACAUAUUGCCUCACUGGCCGGGCAGGAAGAAGUAGUUAAAUUAUUGCUACAGCAUAGUGCAUCGGUGAAUGUGCAGUCGCAGAAUGGCUUCACACCGUUAUAUAUGGCAGCUCAAGAGAAUCAUGAUUCUGUUGUGAAGCUUCUAUUAGCUAACGGAGCAAAUCAAAGUUUGGCCACAGAGGAUGGUUUUACGCCAUUAGCUGUUGCCAUGCAGCAGGGACACGACAAAGUGGUUGCUGUACUUUUGGAAAGCGAUACUCGCGGCAAAGUGCGCUUACCCGCACUGCAUAUUGCUGCAAAGAAGGAUGAUGUUAAAGCAGCAACCUUACUGUUAGAUAACGAUCACAAUCCCGAUGUUACUUCAAAGUCGGGCUUCACACCAUUGCAUAUUGCUUCGCAUUAUGGUAAUCAAUCCAUAGCUAAUCUGCUGAUACAAAAGGGUGCCGAUGUUAAUUUUUCGGCCAAACAUAAUAUCAGUCCCCUGCAUGUAGCGGCAAAAUGGGGCAAAACUAAUAUGGUCUCGUUGUUGUUGGAGAAAGGUGCAAACAUCGAAGCUAAAACUCGAGAUGGCCUCACGCCAUUGCACUGUGCUGCACGUUCCGGUCAUGAACAAGUUGUUGAUAUGCUUCUCGAACGCGGCGCGCCCAUCAGCGCUAAAACCAAAAAUGGUCUGGCCCCGUUACACAUGGCUGCCCAAGGUGAACAUGUCGAUGCUGCUCGUAUUUUACUUUAUCAUCGCGCCCCUGUCGAUGAAGUUACCGUUGAUUAUUUGACCGCACUGCAUGUCGCUGCUCACUGCGGUCACGUUCGUGUUGCUAAACUUCUAUUGGAUCGCAAUGCCGAUGCAAAUGCGCGCGCUCUCAACGGCUUCACUCCGCUACACAUUGCGUGCAAAAAGAAUAGAAUCAAAGUUGUCGAAUUACUGCUCCGUCAUGGUGCUAGCAUAAGCGCGACUACUGAAAGCGGUUUAACUCCAUUACAUGUCGCUGCGUUUAUGGGCUGCAUGAAUAUCGUCAUCUAUUUGCUGCAGCAUGACGCCAGUCCCGACGUGCCCACUGUACGCGGAGAAACGCCAUUGCAUUUAGCAGCCAGAGCGAAUCAGACUGACAUUAUUCGCAUACUUUUGCGUAAUGGAGCCCAAGUUGAUGCGCGCGCUCGUGAACAACAAACUCCCCUUCAUAUUGCCUCUCGUCUGGGUAAUGUCGAUAUUGUCAUGUUACUGCUGCAGCAUGGAGCGCAAGUAGAUGCGACCACCAAGGAUAUGUAUACAGCUUUACAUAUUGCUGCUAAAGAGGGACAAGAUGAGGUGGCAGCAGUAUUGAUCGAUAAUGGAGCUUCGUUAGACGCGGCUACGAAGAAGGGCUUUAGUCCAUUACAUUUAACAGCUAAAUAUGGUCACAUUAAGGUCGCACAAUUGCUCCUUCAAAAGGAAGCUGAUGUCGAUGCUCAAGGCAAGAACGGUGUCACUCCAUUGCAUGUGGCCUGUCAUUAUGAUAAUCAAAAUGUUGCGUUACUUUUGCUUGAGAAGGGAGGCAGCCCGCAUGCCAUAGCGAAAAAUGGUCAUACACCGUUACAUAUUGCUGCACGUAAAAAUCAAAUGGACAUAGCUACUACCCUACUUGAAUUCGGAGCUCAUGCCAAUGCUGAAAGUAAAGCUGGCUUUACGCCUCUACAUCUAAGUAGCCAAGAAGGUCAUAGCGAAUUAUCCAAUUUGCUAAUCGAACACAAAGCAAAUGUAAAUCAUCCGGCCAAAAAUGGCUUAACACCUAUGCAUUUGUGCGCUCAAGAGGAUAAUGUCAAUGUCGCUGAAAUUUUGGAACGUAAUGGCGCUAAUAUUGAUAUGGCUACAAAGGCCGGUUACACGCCCCUACAUGUAGCCUCUCAUUUCGGGCAAGCUAAUAUGGUGCGCUUCCUCCUGCAGCAUGGAGCCAACGUUAACGUAUCCACUUCUAUCGGUUACACACCACUGCAUCAAACUGCACAACAAGGUCACUGUCAUAUUGUUAAUCUAUUGUUAGAACAUAAAGCUAAUGCAAAUGCGAAGACAGCUAACGGUCAAACACCGUUGCAUAUUGCCCGAAAAUUGGGUUAUAUAAGUGUUUUGGAUUCAUUGAAAUCAAUUACUAACGAAGAUGAGACCAGCACAACUAAUCAGAUGCACGCUGAAGAGAAAUAUCGUGUGGUUGCUCCCGAAGCUAUGCACGAAUCGUUCAUGUCUGACUCGGAGGAAGAAGGUGGCGAAGAUAACAUGCUUUCUGAUCAGCCAUAUCGCUAUUUGACUGUUGAUGAAAUGAAAUCCUUAGGCGAUGACUCGCUACCCAUUGAUGUGACUCGUGACGAACGUGUUGAUUCGAAUCGUGUGGCUCAGAGUUCUGAAUAUGCACCUGGAUUGGGUACGCAAUCUCAAGCUAUGGAAGGAACUAUAAGCCCUCAUAAGACGCAAGUAUAUGCAACAACUAAGUCAGCCGUGGAUGGUAUUUAUGUAACAAACGGAAUUCACGACGAACAGCCUCACGUUGGGCGUAAACUUUCCUGGAAAAGUUUUUUGGUAUCCUUCCUGGUAGACGCUCGUGGAGGAGCGAUGCGCGGUUGUCGACACAGUGGUGUCCGGGUAAUUAUACCGUCACGUUCUACUUGUCAGCCAACACGUGUUACUUGUCGUUACGUGAAACCUCAACGCACGAUGCAUCCUCCGCAGUUGAUGGAGGGUGAAGCUUUAGCUAGUCGCGUUUUGGAACUUGGUCCGGUAUCGACUAAGUUUAUUGGUCCUGUUAUUAUGGAGGUACCACAUUUUGCUUCACUGCGCGGUAAAGAACGAGAGAUUAUAAUAUUAAGAUCCGACAAUGGCGAAACUUGGCGCGAGCACAACAUUGAAAAUUCCGAUGAAAUUAUUCAUGACGUCCUUCAACAAUGUUUCGAACCAGAAGAAAUUGCUCAAAUGGAAGAACAAAGCGGUAAUCAUGUAUGCCGCUUUGUCACUUAUGACUUUCCUCAAUAUUUCGCUGUCGUCUCACGCAUACGGCAAGAGGUGCAUGCUAUAGGGCCAGAGGGAGGUAUGGUAUCGAGUACCGUAGUACCCCAGGUACAGGCCGUCUUCCCACAAGGCGCCCUUACGAAGAAGAUUAAAGUUGGCUUACAGGCACAGCCCGUCGAUCCAGAUUUAACUGCAAAACUGUUGGGGCGCGGUGUUGCCGUCUCGCCUAUAGUUACCGUUGAGCCGCGGCGCCGUAAAUUCCAUAAAGCAAUCACGCUUAGUAUGCCCGCUCCUAAGGCGCACAGCCAGGGCAUGAUCAAUCAGUAUUCAGGGAAUACGCCCACAUUACGUUUGCUCUGCUCAAUAACAGGUGUGUUUCGGAAAAGAUCUCUAAAAGGUGGACCAUCUAGAGCGCAGUGGGAAGAUGUGACCGGGUCUACACCUCUAACGUUUGUCAACGAUUGCGUUUCGUUUACCACCACCGUGUCAGCUAGAUUUUGGUUGAUGGAUUGCCGCAACAUAUCAGAAGCAACAAAAAUGGCCACCGAAUUAUACAAAGAGGUUAUCCACGUACCAUUCAUAGCGAAAUUUGUAGUGUUUGCUAAAAAGGUGGAGCCUUACGAAGCUCGUUUAAGAGUCUUCUGUAUGACGGAUGACCGCGAAGAUAAAACGCUCGAGAAAUUAGAACUUUUUACACAGGUUGCGAAGAGUCGCGAUGUCGAAGUGCUUGAGAGUAAACCGCAAUAUAUUGAAAUGGCCGGGAAUUUAGUUCCGGUGACAAAGUCAGGCGAACAGCUUCAAUUACCUUUUAAGGCAUUCCGCGAAAACCGUUUGCCCUUUACGGUACGUGUUAAAGAUCAGCACGCAGAUAUAGUUGGCCGCACUUUAUUUAUGAAAGAACCAAAGGUGGCUAAAGGCGAGCCGCCCCAGCAUCCAAUCUGUAUACUCAAUAUCGUCUUGCCUGAAACUGUUAUACCGGAUUCAACGACUGCCUUCUCUGACAAAAUCACUAGCACCUAUCGUAGUUCAUUGUUAAGCUUCAGUAAACAUCAAAACGAUCAUUAUAUCGGUGAUAUACGAAUAGUAGAUUUAUCUAAUUUAUUGGGUAAGGAUUGGAUACGUUUGGCUACUGAAAUCGGCAUCAGCACCGAAGAAAUUGAUGAAAUUAUUAAUCAGAACACCGACAGUAUAGCACGACAAGCGCAAAGCAUGAUUCGCCUUUAUAAAGACAAACCCAAUUAUGAUAUUGGCUUACUUGAAGUUGCCCUUAAAAAUAUUGGACGCGAUGAUAUUAUGAGUAAAUGUAAGAGCGGACGGCUUUCACAUUCGCGCGACUUCGACGACACCGAUAUUAUGAAGAACUCGGAGUCCGUGGAGGAGCUCGUUCGACUCGAAAAUAAGCGUAUACAACAAAUUAAUGAAAGUGAAGAAGUGAAAUAUUCAGCCGAGGAAAAGGAAAUCGAAGAUUCCGAGUCUGAUGAAGAGGUAGCAAAACAAACUGUAGCGGAGCGGCGCGAGAAAAUAGUGAAGCGUUUAUCAGUUGAGAGACAAAUUCCGGCCUCUUCACAAAAAAAGGAAAUAACCCGCGAAAUAACAGAAAUCAAGCGUAAAAGUUUAAUCGAAGAUAAAAAGGCAAUGCACGAAUCUGAAAUAUUUAUGCAGUUGCCAGCCGAUAAUAGCGUCAAAUCCACCGUUGUGUCCGAACAUGUCAUUAAAAUGAAAUUGGGUAAGAAGGAUUCAAGCGAAGUGAGUAAAAGUGAUUUUGAUAAGGAGUUGACCUACAAAUUUAAGACAUCGAGUCGCAGUUCCGAAGAAACGGACGAUUCGAGUCUAAUCGAUCAAAAGAGUCAUCAAGAUAUUGAUAAUUUGAAAAUAACUAAGGACCUUAGCAGUGUGGAAAAAACAAGUAAAAUUUCAGACUUUAUAUCAAUGGAAAUGGAAUCGUCUGCCCCAACGACAGAGGUUAAAAAACUAAGUGAAGAUUUCCUUAGCAGUGAAAGAUUAACCGAACAGGAAGCUCAGCCAAUUAUUAUAACUGAAAAAUUUACUGAAGAGUUUAAGGAGAAGAUGGAUCUUAAGCCAAAAGUUAAUGAAGAAUUGAAAGAAACCGCUGAGCAAAUGGUGAAAACAACAAUGGAGAAAGCCAGUAAAAAAGUUGAAAGUAUUAUAUCGGUAUUUGAGGCUCCUCAAACGGAAAGAAUUAUAACAAAAGAAAUUAUUAUACAAACAAUACCCAAGGAAAAAGAGAUAAUCGACGAAAUUCAAAGUGACGAGCAAUUGAUAACUUGGGACAUUAAAGACGAUGUUCAGGGAAAAGUUGAUAGUGUGGUUGACGAGCAAGUGCCCAGUAAAGUUGAAAGUGCAAGUGUUAAAGACAAAAUUAAAACGUUUACUGAGCAAAAAUUGGACGACCCAUUGAAGGAGACCUUCGUCACCGGAACAAAGAAAGUUUCUGAGACUGUUAAAGUAUUUUCUUCACCCAAAGUCGAUGACGUCAAACAAACCGCUGCCGAUAUUCUACAUAAACAAUUUACCGAGAUAGAAGAAAAAAUGGAUGAUGUUAAAACGAAGGUGACUAAAUCGAAAGAAAAAAUUAUUGACGCCAAAUCAACAAUUAUUACUGGGCUAACCGACUCCAAAACUAAAGACUCACUUUCGGAAAGCGAAGAAUCCAUUAUUGUAUUACCUAAAAGCGUAAAAGAUACGGCAAAGACUUUCGCAGUAUCUGACCUCAAAAGCAAACUCACUGACACUAAAGUGUCUUUUCUGGAAGACAAAGUAUACGAUCCUGAAAAGCAUUAUAUAGAAGAUAUUAAAGAUCAUGUUGUUAUUGAUGCCGUUAAAGAUACUUUUAAGUCUAUAGAGAAAGAUUUCUCAAAAAAAACCGCUGAAAUUAAGGAAAAGGUUGACGACACUAUCAUUGACGAAACGAAAAGUGUAAAAGAUACUAUUCAAAUUUUCACGAAAGACAAGAUUGGCGAUUUAAAAGAUAAAGCCGAUAAAGUUGAUAAUGAUUUGCGUAAAGUAAUCACAUUCGCUACAGAGAAAGUUGAUGACUUGAAAAGCGAAGAGGUUGGAAUUAAAGAAAAACUCACAGAAACCAGGGAGUCGAUUAAAAUGGAGACCGAAACCGUAGCAGAUACAAUUAAAGAUUCUAUUGAAUAUUUGAAAUCCGAAGAUCUGAAAGAUGAAAUCAAAGAGAUACUUGUUGACACUACAGGUGCAAAGGAUACCAUAGAAUCUAAGGCUGAAGACGUUAAAACUAAAGUUUCUAAAAUUGAGGAUAGAGUUAAGGACACAAAAGUAUCGUUUACUGAACACUUUCUAAGAACCGAAAGGAUGUCAGACGACACAGAUAGCAAACCUACGGCCACUACUAUUAGUAGUGUAGUUUCAGUAUUAGAACCAACAUUUAGUCAAGAUAAAAAAAGUUUAAUUGAAGAUAAAGUUCAAUCACUUGACACAGUUUUGCAACAGAUGCCCAAAGAAAGUGUUAAAAUCGAUGAGAAGAAAAUGCUUGGAAUUGAAGAGAGAACAUCUGCGACUGCCAUCGAAGAUGUUUCAUUUAGAGAGUCCAUUGAAAAAUUAGAAGAAAUGAAAUCUAUUGUAACAGACGCACGAAAAAUUACUCAAGACUUUCUAGGCACUGAGCAGCAUUCUCGUAUACCGGUACCAACUAAAUUAAAAAAGGAAGUGAAAACCAUCGAGACUACGAAAAAGGAAACGUUCAGUUUUCCACCGACAGUUGAAAAAGAUGUCAUCUUAACGGAAAAGUUAACCAAGACCAGUGAACAAACAAAAAUUCCUAUAAAAGAAAUCACAAAAAUUACAACUGAUCAAUCCAAGGACAAAUUUAAAAUGAUGGCAGAUCACGAUGAGAAACCAUCAAGCGUUGGUGAAUCUAUAAGAACAAAAACAAUUGAAACAGUAACAUUUAAAACCAUACAUGAACCAAUAAAGGAACCUAUCGAGUCCAUGACGACCGUCGCUGCUAAAGAAGUUACAGUGGCAGCAGCCGUACAGCUGGAAGAAAAAACUAAAACAACUAUUAAGGAUUCAAAAAUAAUUGAUAAGGAUUCAGAACUAACAGCAACUGUUAAGGACGCAACAAAAGAUGAUAUUUUAACUAAAGAACAUAUUGUUGAACUACUGCAAGCAGAUGAGUUAGUUGCGCCAGCACCGUUUGAACCACGAAAAUCAUUGACAGACGCUGAGUUCUGCAAGUCAGUUCAGGAAACCAUCACCAAGAAAAUGAGUGAAGGCCUCAUAGAAAUAAGCGACGAGCUGCAACUAAAAGUAGGAAGUGAUAUUCCACCAUCUCAGACGCCACCACCAACCCCGAUCGAUACGAAGAGUGAAAAGCAGGAAAGAGAAGAAAUUAUUGUUGAAAAAACUCUUCUUGAUGGAGAGCAACUUGCUGACACUGUGAAAACAUUGCAUAAAACUACGGAAUCAACUUUUGAACGCAUCUCCACUACCACGAGAAUAGAGCACUUCAGCAUUCAAAGCGUUAAACCGGUAACGGUUACAACAUUAAUUGAAUCUGCCGAGUUGCCCACUCCGCAGGAGGGAUCACCUGUCGAUUUAUCCAUUAAUAAAACCGAAGACACUUCACCAUUUGCAGAAAUGAGCGAAAGUAGUCCCGCAAAGACCAAUUUAAUAUCAACAAUAACAAGGUGCCCUACUGAAAAUGAUUUAAUACAAUCAACACAGCUAGAAUCAGCUCGAAGAGCCUCGGAUGCUGAUCAUAAUGUAGAUAUUACAAUGAGUGAUCCUCAAUAUUUAGAUGAGAUUAUGAGUUCUGGUGGAGUUAGACGUAAAAUACUCGAGCUGGAGGAGUUACAAAACAUAAGUAAAGUUGGUGAAGGGGCAACCUUAUCUACUUCGUCACCACAAAAACAUACGACUGUUAAACACUUCGCGCAUGGAUUAAAAGAAAAAGUGAGUACCAGUUUAGAAGCUUUGCCUUUCGCAGUGCGUUCACGUGAAUCUAAGAAACGCGAUGUCAAUCUACCCGUACUGGAAGAACAAAUUUUCAAUGCAAUCGAUAUAGAAUUAAUGCGUCUUACGCCCAGCGAACCGCCGACUGAAAUAAUUAAAUUCUCGCCAACGGAGGCUCUUGAAACACAGGCGGAGAAUAUGGAAAAUAUUGAAGAAGUUGUCUGUGAAAAAAUUUGUCGUAAAAAAAAGUCAUUUGAUGUUGCAACGGAAGAUGUAUUGUUGAAGUCGGAGGCAAAGGAGUUUGAGGAAGAUAGAUUAAUUUGCGAUGAUGAAACCGAAAGUAUACUGAAAGUUAAGGAUGUUGUACAAUCAUUUGAACGAAGAUAUCCAUUAUCCAGUGCCCAACCGCCUUCCUUUGAGUCCAUGAAAAUAGAAACAAACACAAAAGAAACGUCAGACGUUCCAGUCUCUUCAGUUUCACGUUGUGAAACAAAUAUUGAUAUUAACAGAAGUAGUUCUACUACAGAUAGUAUUGUAGCAAAAGCCCAAGAAACCGUGUACAUUGAAAGUAAGAUUAGCAAGAUAGCCAAGAUAUUCGAAGGUGAUUUAGACAAAAAUAAAACUCAGGAAUUUAUUAGGGAUAAUAUAUAUGAAACUGAAUUUAAGGAUAACACAGGAACACAUAAGACUGAAGACAUAGUUGAACCUUGUCAAUUAGCUACAAUUAGCUCAAGAACACAAGUAUGUGAUACACAAGAACAAUAUUUUAUUAAUAAACCAACAACAAUGACGUAUUCAGAUAAUAUUGAUAAGCAUAUCUGGGAUAGUAGUACAGUAAGAGGUAAGGUAAUGCAGUAUAAAGAAAGGUGGGAAUUUCCAGAGUCUCUGGAAACUAAAUCUGACGCAAAAAAAAACCAUUAAUAUCACAAUGGUAACGGAAAGGCCUGCAGAUCAAAGCCUCAUAAAAUUAGAGUCAAU